UUGGUCGACGCUACAAGCCGGGGGUCUGUCUCCCCGACCCAAAUUAGUGCAUCCAUGCUUUUCCUUCAACCCAUCCUCACCAACAUCAUUCUCCAGCAUCAUGCGGAGAGCACGUUCGCUUCGGGUAACCCCCUCCCGCGACCUCUACAUCUUUUGCGCCGCCGCCACCCGCCCGAGUCCAUCCAUCUCAUCGCCAUCAUCAUCAUCUUCUAUCAACUCCACUCAACACCAACGCCGGCGUCUCAAUUCCUCGCGCAGAGACCCUCAGUAUGCCUCUGAAGGGCAGUUGUUCAAGCCUGAGGAUGCCCCGGCACCCCCGAGGCGUCUAACGCAGGCGGAGAAGAUGAGGAAAAUGAUGGAGGCUUCAAGGCCAGCACCCCCGCCACCACACGCGCAAGCUGCAUAUUCGUCCCAAAAUCAGAGACAGAGCGCUACAUCCCAAUCCAAGUCAUCAACCACCGCGUGGCAACCACCUCCUCGACAGCCAUUGCCGCAGAGGAGGCCUUCUGAUCAUGCCUUCGGCGGUCAGAACCGCGGGAGAAGUCGUGACAGGUCAGCUUCCGAUUCAGGGCACUAUGAAAGUCUGGACAACUAUGCACCGAGGAGGCCAGACCAAUACAAUUCAUCUCGGGGUAGAGAUCGGGCUGGUGGCCCUACAGGCAACAGCCGAUACCAGGUCAAUAUCGAUUCCAGAGGUCCUCCGGUAGGAGAUACGUCAAUGUUCGGCACAGGUCAAUUGCGACGCAGAAAUGAACCUUCGGCACGUUUUGCUGAGCCGCCCCGAGCCUCCGAUAGAUCGGUCCCCCGAACACAUACUCCCGCAUCAACUACAAAGCUCGAUCAGGCAGAACUCGACCAACUUCUGGGUAAUACAUCAAACAUCAAUCGACAAUCUUCACCGAGGCCGUACACUCCGUUGUCACGUGACACGAGCGUUCGAACACAGUGCAUGCAUUGCGGACGGCAAGAUCACCUCAGUACGGACUGUCCUACCAAGCCCGUUCUCCGGCAAGAGCCGCGACAGGUCCCACGCCAGAAGGGUGCGGUGGACGAGUUCUUCGAAAAGAACAAGUUCGAAGCGACUCAAUCGAUCUCCACUGAAGUACAGGAACGCCAACGCCAAGAGCUUGAUAGGAGACGGGCACGAUUCAUCAUGGAUGAUGAGGCUCCACAGGAAUCUUCAAAUCGGUACGAGCAAGCCGAGCGCCGUGGCCAGACUAACUAUGAACGACGCCGCCGACGUGUGACGCGGUAUGAAGGCGAAGAAGACGAGGACGAUUCGUACGUGGACAAGGCCGAACUCAAGCGGGAACGCAAGGCAGCGAGGAAGAGGAUGCAGGAAGAGCAGGCAGCCAACGCUCCGACACCUGUUUCUCUCCCCCAGUAUAUCAGCGUCGCAAACCUUGCUUCUCUUCUCCGGAUUCGCGUGGAAGACUUUGUGGCUAAGCUGGAAGAUUUAGGUUUCGAAGAGGUGCAAACGGACCACAUCCUCAACGCUGAACAUGCUGGUCUGGUCGCACAAGAAUACAAUUUCGAGCCCGUCGUGGAGGCUGAGGAUGAAGAUCUCCACGCAGCUCCUGCACUUCCUGCAGAAGAGUACGCAAAAUUGCCUGCACGACCCCCCGUUGUCACCAUCAUGGGUCACGUUGAUCACGGGAAGACGACUAUUCUCGAUUACAUGCGAUCCACCAGUGUAGCUGCAUCGGAAUUUGGCGGCAUCACACAACACAUUGGUGCUUUCAGUGUCCCACUGGCAUCUGGGAAAAAGAUUACAUACUUGGACACCCCCGGUCACUCCGCCUUUGAGACGAUGCGUGCUCGCGGUGCUAACGUCACGGAUAUUGUCGUCCUCGUCGUAGCUGCCGACGAUUCGGUCAUGCCACAGACGGUCGAAGCUAUCAAGCACGCCCAAAACGCAAAGGUGCCCAUCAUCGUAGCCAUAAACAAGAUUGACUUGCAACAGUCCGAUCCAGAGGCAGUUAAGCUCGACCUAGGACGUCACGGUAUUGAAGUGGAAGACUUUGGUGGUGACAUCCAGGCCAUUCCCGUGAGUGGCUUGACGGGCCAGGGCAUUCCCGAGCUGGAAGAAGCCAUUGUCACUCUCUCAGAGAUGCUCGAUCACCGCGCUGACCCUCACACCACCGUGGAAGGCUGGGUCCUUGAGAGCUCGACCAAGAAGUCCGGCAAGGUCGCCACCGUGCUUGUCCGCAGUGGAACCCUCCGCGUUGGCGACAUCAUCGUCGCCGGUACCACCUGGGCUCGCGUGCGAACGUUGAAGAACGAAGCUGGCAUGGCUAUCGAAGAAGUCGGCCCCGGUAUGCCAGUGGAAGUCGAAGGCUGGCGCGAACAGCCCAUCGCCGGCGAUGAAGUUCUCCAAGCAGCCGACGAACACCAAGGCCAGGCCGUAGCAGAAACCCGGGCCGAUCGCGUCUCUCGCGAGCAAAUGGCCAAAGACAUGGAUGCUAUCAACGAAUCUCGUCGCCUCGAAACCGAGCGCCGCCAUGCCGAAAAGGCCGCUGCCAAAGCCUCAGCCGACGGCGCGGACCCUAAUCCAGCGGGCUCUAUUGCAACUUCUCAGAAACCCACCGGCCCCGAAGUCAUCCCCUUCAUCGUAAAAGGUGACGUCUCGGGCUCCGUUGAAGCAGUGAUCGACUCCGUUUCCGCCCUCGGAAACGCAGAAAUCAGCACGCGCGUUCUGCGCCACGGCGUCGGCGCGCCCUCCGAAUUCGAUGUCCAGCACGCCGCCUCGGCUUCGGGUCACAUUAUCAAUUUCAACACUGCCGUCCCUGCGCAUAUCUCCUCCCUCGCAGAGGAAAAUGGCGUUCGCAUCUUCGACGAGAAUAUUAUCUACCGCGUCGUCGAGAACGUCAAAAGUAUGUUGGAAGCGAGGCUUGCGCCGCGAAUCACGCAGAAGGUCACGGGUGAGGUGGAGAUUGCACUUGUUUUUGAGAUUGGAUUGGGCGGGCGGAAAAAGUUGAGAGUUGCGGGGAGUAAAGUACGGAACGGAGUCGUUAUCAAAGGAUCAAAAGCAAAAGUUUUGCGGGGAGAUGACGUUGUUUAUGAUGGUACAAUCACGUCGCUCAAACAUGUGAAGAAGGACGUUAUGGAAAUGCGCAAAGACUCUGAAUGUGGUAUUGCCUUUGACGGCUGGGAUGAGUUCGCGCCUGGUGAUAAGGUCCAGUGCUACGAGGAGGAAAGCCAUAAACGCACGCUCUAG